UGCCCCAGGAUGGGGACCAAGUCCAGAGCAGUCUUGGUCUUGGCCUGUUUGGCUGUUGCUUCCAUAGCCUCUGAGGGAGGCUUGAGGCCGAGGGUGCUGGGGCCAGAGUACCUACAAGAAGUUGGCUAUGCAGCACCCCCUUCCCCACCCCACACCCCAGCUCACCCCGUGGAUCACCCUGAUCACCCUGACAUCUCUCAGCAUGGCUAUCACUUUGAGGGACAGAGUGAAGUGCAGCCCCGUUCCUCUCAGGAAGGCAUCUUUGCUCUAGAGGAGGAGCUGUUCUCUCCCCAACUCCUUAUAAAAAGAGGGAACCCUGCAAUGGAGUCCCCUGUCCCUCAGAAAGAUGUCAGUCUCCAAGAAGAGCUGUCCCCCCCCCAGACCCCUAUUGAACAGAAGGAAGUAGACCCACCUAUCCCAUCACAGGAGGAAGUGACCAAGCCAUCUAAGCAGAGAGAGGCUACUCAAUCCGAAGAAAAGCCAGCUCCCAGCACGCAGCAGGGUUCAGCCCAACACUGCCAACGGGGCCGACCCCAAGGGGGCUGGGGCCACCGGCUGGAUGGCUUCCCUCCUGGGCGGCCUUCUCCAGACAAUCUGGACCAGAUCUGCCUGCCUACUCGUCAGCAUGUGGUGUAUGGCCCUUGGAACCUGCCACAGUCUGGCCACUCCCACCUUAGUCGCCAGGGUGAGACCCUCAAUAUCCUGGAGACGGGAUAUUCCCGCUGCUGCCGCUGUCACAGCUACGCAAAGCGCAUGGAAUGUACAAAACUUGUGUGGGAGAACGCAAUGACCGAAUUCUGUGAGGCCGAGUUCUCGGUCAAGACCCGAGCCCACUGGUGCUGCAAACAGCAGGGGGAGGCUCGAUUCUCCUGCUUCCAGAAGGAAGCUCCCCAGCCACACUACAUGCUCCAGCCCUGCCCCAGCCACCAGCCUCCUAUAUUGUUGAGCACCGAGCUGCCGUUUCCCCCUGGGGAACCGACACUGGACAAUCUCAAGAACAUCUGCUUCCAAAGACGCUUCCGCUCUGUGCCACGCAACCUCCCACCGACUGACCACGUCCAUAGGCGGCUGCAGACUCUGACCCGGCUGGAGGGGGAGCUGCAGCGCUGCUGCCGGCAGGGGAACAACCACACCUGUGCAUGGAAGGCUUGGGAGGAUUCUCUUGAUGGAUACUGUGAUCGAGAACUGGCUAUAAAGACCCACCACCACUCAUGUUGCCACUACCCUGCUAGCCCUGAGCGCGAUGAAUGCUUUGCCCAUAGGGCUCCCUACCCCAACUAUGACCGAGAUCUCUUGACCGUUGACCUCAGCCGAAUCACUCCCAACCUCAUGAACUAUCUCUGUGGAAACCAAAGAGUUGUCACCAAGCAUAAACAGAUUCCUGGGCUAAUCCGAAACGUUACUAGCCGCUGCUGUGACCUGCCACUUCCAGAGCAGGCCUGCUGUGCUGAGGAGGAGAAAUCAGCCUUCAUCAGUGACCUGUGUGGUCCCCAACGUAACUUCUGGCGAGACCCUGCCUUCUGCUGUAAACUAAGACCUGGGGAUGAACAGACUAGCUGCUUCAACAUUAAUUAUCUGAGGGAUGUGGCCCUAGUGGCUGGGGACUCAGGGGAUGCCAAGGGCCAGGAGAAGCACGACCCAACUCAGGGAACAAAUACCAGCCCCACCCCUGAGCGCAAGGAAAAGUGAGUCACCCCAGAGCCUUGGAGGAUCAGAUUGGGGGAACCCCACCCCACCCCACCCUCCUCGAAUACACAUUACAGUAAACACGUCUGGGAUUUGGUGUCCUCAUUGUCUCACAUACAAACACACCCUCCUAAGCCUGCCUGCUGGGAUUUUCUUCAGUGACUGACCCCUGAGGCCCACUGCCCUACCCUCACUGACUGAGCAGAAGUCGUUCCACAGGCUGUGACAGAACCAUAAAUAAAUGGCUUAACUUCACUAUUUGUGAA